AUGAGCCCGGUAAAACUAGCGUUUCAAAAGUUUACUUAUUCAACUAGAGCACGAAGUUCAAUGUUUUCCAAAUUUGAUCCGUUAAAGGACCCUCUCAUCUUGGUCGCAUCAAUCGGAAAUCCGUCACCCCAAUAUGACAAUACAAGACAUUCCGUCGGCCAUUUUAUGCUUGAAAGAUACUGCUAUAAGAGGGGAUAUACUUCACCUUUAGAAAUAGGGCCCUAUACUUUCAAGAUAAAGUCCAAUCCAGACUGUUUUAUGUUCUAUCACAACAAGGGGUUCAUGAAUGAAAGUGGCAAGAACUUGUGUGAGCCUUGGAACGAGUUCCGAAGAUUUGCCACGCAGAAAGGAAGAAAUCCGGUUCUUGUUGUUCUUUCCGAUGAACUAGAUAAAGAUAUGGGUAAAUUGCAGAUUCGAAUACAAAAUUCGUCUGCUAGGGGCCAUAAUGGGCUUAAAUCUAUCCAGAACGUCAUUGGAAAGGGAUUCACAAGUAUUAAAAUUGGCAUAGGAAGAAAUUACCCUGGGGGUGGAAAAGACAGUGAUUCGGUUUCGAAGUAUGUGCUUGGGAAGUUUACUUUUAAAGAGUUUUAUACUUUGAAGACGCAGGUCCUGCUUGCGUUAACAAAUGUUUUCAAUGUUAUGCAAACUGGUGCGUACAUAUACAACAUUCAAAAGGGCUAG